AUGCUGUCGGUGCCGGUGCCGGUGGCGGGCGCGGGGGCGGCGCGGGGCGCGGGCUCCCUGCCCCGCCGGCGCACCAUGUGCAGCGGUGUCGGCUGCUUCUGGGCGCUGCUCUCCGCCGGCCUCCUGGCCGCCUGUGCCGCCGCCUUCCUCUCGCCGGCCUGGCUGCUGCCGCCCGGCCGCGCCGCCGCCGGCUUCGGCUUGCUCUGGCGCUGCUCCGGGCCGCCCCGCGGCUGCCACGGCUCCGCCGGCCCCGGCGGCUUCGGAGACAUCCCCUCCGGUUCCUGGCAGACGAGCGCUGUGCUGUGUGCUGGUGGCUGUGCCCUGCUGGCCCUCAGCUCCCUGCUGGCCAUCGUGGCUGUCCUGCUGCCCGGCGGAGCCUGCGAGCGCCGACUCUGCACCCUGGCUGGCUACAUGCAGACAGCAGCAGUGUUCAUAAUGGCUUCUGGCCUUUUGGUUUACCCUUUUGGUUUCAACUCUGCUACUGUGAAGAGAUUCUGUGAGAACUCAGACAUCUACUAUGCAGGAGAGUGCCAGAUUGGAUGGGGGUACAUGCUGGCAAUUGUUGGGGUCAUGUUGUCUGUCUUUUUACCAUUCUUUGCAAAAUAUGCACCAAAAGAGCACAUAUCUCCAACUCCAAUACCUACUAUUUUAUAGUAUUUUAUUACUCUUUGAGAACAGAACAUUCCUGUCUACAGUCAUGGGCAGAAAUUAUUAAAGCACUUCCAGUUGGCUGUGUUGCAAAAGAGAGGAGAGGAGAUGGGGAAGAGAAGGUCAGAUUGACAAAGACCAAAAGUGCAUUGAAAGUCUUCCGUAAGCGCGAGCAGCGAACGCUCUGGAAUGGGAAUAGGAU